AUGUGGCUAGAGGGCCAGACAAUUGGAAGAGCACCAGCUUUGGGGAAGACACAUUUCCAUGUGCAGGAUCCUGUUUCUACGCACUACCAUGUCAAUAAGCAGACAACUUGGAUUGAUCCACGAUCGGGCAUGCCCAGCUCUCCGCCCAACCAACGACAUGCCAACAACUGGAGACACGAGGAUGAACUUGGGCCUUUGCCUGAGGGCUGGGAGCAGAGAGUCCAUACUGAUGGUCGCAUCUUCUUUAUUGAUCAUAAGAACCGCACAACUACUUGGGAAGAUCCUCGACUACUCAACCCAGCAAUCGCCGGUAAAGCCAUUCCAUAUUCCCGAGACUACAAGCAAAAGUACGAGUUCUUCAAGAAUAACCUCCCGAAACCAGCCAAUGUUCCUAAUAAGUUUGACAUCAAGGUGAAGAGGAACAACAUUCUUGAGGAUGCCUUUGCAAUAAUCAGCCAGGUGACACGCGUGGAUCUCCUGAGAACCAAGCUUUGGAUUGAGUUUGAGGGGGAGGUCGGUUUGGAUUAUGGUGGUGUUGCAAGAGAAUUCUUCUUCCUCCUAUCUAAAGAAAUGUUCAACCCAUACUAUGGACUCUUUGAAUACUCUGCCACAGAUAACUACACCUUGCAAAUCAACCCCUACUCUGGCAUGUGCAAUGAAGAGCAUCUCCGCUACUUCAAGUUCAUUGGACGCGUCGCUGGCAUGGCGGUAUACCAUGGGAAGUUGCUAGACGCUUUCUUCAUCCGCCCAUUCUACAAAAUGAUGCUCGGAAAGCCCAUUGAGCUGAAGGACAUGGAGAGUGUUGACUCGGAGUACUACAACUCCCUCCUGUGGAUUCAGGAAAACGACCCAGCAGACUUAGACCUUACCUUCAGUGUUGAUGAAGAGUCCUUUGGGAGAACGUCGUCCCACAAUCUCAAGGAGAAUGGUGGAGAAAUUCCCGUUACCAAUGAGAAUAAGCACGAAUAUAUCGGGCUGGUCAUCAAGUGGCGUUUUGUGCAGCGUGUUCACGAUCAGAUGGAAGCUUUCCGAGAAGGCUUCAGCGAUGUUGUACCCAUCUCCCACAUCAAAAUCUUUGAUGAGGGACACAUCACACAUGAAAGCCCUUCGGACGCCGCUCCCACUUGCACAGACGAAAACAAGUACCGAACAACAAAGGAAUGA